CAACACCCAAAAUGAGAAUCGAUUCUUCCGACUAUUCACUUUUACAAGAUGAAACCUUUUGAAAGUAUUUCCUAUGCUUUUCUAUUCUGGGCUUCUCCAGUCGUCAACACUCGACUGAAUAUUAGAAAAAAGUUUUCCAACAGAAAAUCCUGUUUUUGUUCAGUGCUGCAAAACAACUCAAAGGGAAACAUAUCUAGUAAGUUUCAGAACGAGGAACCAACCGGCCACGCUUUGGACCCUCCAAAAGUACUUUCCUUAUCUAAAGCAACGAUAAACUUUGAUCAACUCUAUCUUGGUCAAGAACUGACUGCAAAGAUUUUAAAACAAAAGGCGUACGGUUGUUUCGUGGAUAUUGGUCUGGGACAAGAUGUCCUUGUACAUAUAUCAGAGCUUUCUACCCAGUUUGUGAAAAAUAUCCUUGAAACGGUCACAGUUGGUGAUACCAUUACAGUAUAUGUCAAGUCCAUCGACAGUGAUUCGAGGAAGGUUUGGUUGACGACUCUAAAGUAUAGACAGUUUGUGAGUCGCCGAAAGCCGUUGGGUGAAGUACGAGUGGAAGAUAUUGUCAAAGGAAAUAUAGUUCGUUUGACAGAUAGUGGAGCCUUUGUAGAUUUCGGUUGCAUUUGUGAUGGAUUUUUACCUUUUACGGAAGUACCCCGAGAAGGUUCCAGUAACUUGGCUUUAGGAGAUGAAGUAGAAACGAGAGUUACUCGGAUUGACGAGAGAACGAGAAAAAUUUGGUUAAGUAUACGACAAGUUGACUCAAAGAUACGAAAUCUCAUCAGGCCACCUUUGGAACUCGUCUUGGAGAGACCAUCAAUAGAAGGAGAGAAUCCAACAGAGGUUAGUGCCAACUCGAAUGAAACAGAGUCAUAUGUGGAAACGUAACAAGUUUAUAAAGCAACACAAUAAUAA